AUGGAAAUAGACCUAGUUGUGAUGGCUAUGUAUGACUUUGAUGUUAUCAUAAGAAUGGACUGGCUCCAUAAGUAUAGGGCUAAGGUGGACUGCUAUAGGAAAGUGAUCCAGUUCAUGUUACCUGAUCAGUCUAGUUUCGAAUCUUUUGGAGGUCAGACAAACCCCUCUAUAGCCAUUAUCUCAAUGGUAGAAGCUCGUGAACUACUUGACGAAGGAUGUCAAGGAUACCUAGCAGUGGUAAGAGAUCUUGCUAAGGAAAAUGCUAAAAUUGAUGAGAUUCAAAUAGUCAGGGAAUUUCAGGAUGUGUUCCCUGAGGAGUUGCUUGGAUUACCACCAGAACGAGAGAUUGAGUUUGAGAUUGAACUAAUGCCUAGAACAGGACCAAUAUCGAAAGCCCCGUAUAGAAUGGCCUUGGUGGAGUUGAAGGAGUUGAAGCCGGUCAACCGGACUCACAAGGUUGGAUUGAACAAGUUCUCGGACUUGACCAACGAGGAAUUUGUGGCAGCAUAUACCCGAUACAAAUUGCCAUCAUCAACACGCAGGAACUCGUCCCAAGUCAAUUCUUUUAAGUACCAAGGUUCGAAUAGCAUCCCAGAGAGCGUCAAUUGGGUAAAACAAGGUGCUGUCAACCCUAUAAAGAACCAAGGCCAAUGUGGAUCUUGCUGGUUCUCCGUGGUGGCGGCGGUCGAAGCAAUCACACAGAUCACCACUGGCGUGCUACCAAACCUGUCCGAGCAGCAACUCAUAGACUGCGCCACUGACGGGAACCAGGGCUGUCAAGGCGGCUGGAUGGACAAUGGCUUCGAGUACAUCAUCAACAACAAUGGCAUCAGCUCCGAGACGAACUACCCGUACGUUGGGGUCGACAGCACCUGCGAUGUGCAGGCCUCAUCUGUUGCCGAGGCCAAAAUAUCGGACUACAGGGACGUCCCCCGAACGAGGACGACAUGCUGA